CUGAAUUCUGUACAUCCAAUCGACAAAUAUCUGAUGCUGAUUAUUGAUUUUUAGAUAAUGACUCUUGUCGAUAUCGUUAGAGAUAUUGUAAGGUCAGGCCUGUUGUAUACUGUUUUCUAGUUCACGAAGCUGGUGCGCAUUGUGAUCCCUGAGACGAAAUAAUAGAUCAUAAGGAAACACAGAGAAUGUCUUCGGGGAUUAUGCAAUUGUCUGCACCUGAGUACGUAGAUGUCUAAUUCUAGUUUAGAAGAAGACUCAAACGGAUUGUUUAGCGAUCAUCAUUCUGAUCAUUACCUACGAUCAGAGACCUACUUUUUGAAGCAUUUGAGAAGAGCAAAACGUCAAACUUGCAGACUUCGUGAGAUACUAACCAUCAUCCUUCGAACAGUAUGCAACGCCCUUUACGUUAUCUGCUUCAUACGGCCCCUCUCGCAUCAGACGUCUUCAAGGAGGAUAGAAGUAUAAUAAACCUAGCUAUUCCAAAAAUUGGAUUGAAACUCCGUGUAUGUCGAUGUUGGACUACGCCAAGAGUUUUGAUAUUUUUUUUUUCUAAGUCGGCCACGUCACAUAUGAAAAUUGAAUCCAGAACUUG